GUCACGUGACGGCACAUUCAAACAGCCGGCGGUUAGGCGGAGGUCCGGAUUGAGUCACUCUCCAGCCCGCGGCAGGGUCUCCGUGACGGCGGCAUGUCGUUCCCCCGAGCACCCCUGAAACGUUUCAACGACAGAGUGGGCUGUGCCCCUGCACCAGGUCAUUAUGAUAUUAAAGAGGUGGAGGGUUCCAAGGGUCCUGUAUCUUUUGAAAAAGCGCACAGAUUUAAAAAGCAAAAAGAUACAGGAAACCCUCAGGUAGUUGUUGAAACUGAGAAGGGUCUAAUAUCACCAAGUUCACGGAAGAAUCUCAACUUUGGAGCAAACAAUGCCCAGAAGGAUGCUACUUCUGCUUUGGAGCUUAAAAAGCAGAAAAUGUUGGAGCAAGAGAUCCGUUGCCUGCUGCAACAGCGUGGAGAACAGGACAAAAGACUUCAGACCUUAGAAGAGGAGCUGAAGAAGAUCGAAAGUAAACUUACUGCAGUUAUGAGAGAAAAAACAUCCCUGGCAUCAAAUAUUGCUUCUCUAGAAAGACAACUUGCUGAUCUCCACAAAGCCAAUGAGUUACUCAAAACAAAGUUUUCUGAUGAUUGUACUAAGAAGAAAAUUAAUGCUCUGUGCUUGGAAUUGAUUGAAGUAAAGAAUAAAACUGAUGCCAAGGACAAGGAGAUCAGCUAUCUUCAGAUUAGUUUGGAAGGUCAAGUGAAACUUCUGCAAGCUGAUCUGGAAGCUUCUAAGGCUGCAGCUGCAGCAUUGCAAGAAAGAAAUGAAUCACUGGAGGAGAUGCAUCAGGAAGCUAAAGCCCAUAACGAAAGCCUGGAGGUAGAAAUGGAUCGAUUUCAUGCUCUCACCGAGGAGUUGCGUGGAGAGAAUAAAGCCUUGCAUGGUUACUUGGAUAAUGCCAACGAACAAGUUCAGGAUCUCCAAAUGCAGUUAAGUUCCAAAAUGAGUGGCUAUGAGAGCAAAUUGGAGCAGCUGUCCAUAGAGACUGAGGACAGGUGCAAGGUCUCAAUAGUGAAGCAACAAGAGGCAGAAAGAAAUCUACUGGUCAUACAGAGUCUUCUGAAAAAAUCGAAUGAAGAGAUUGCUGUGCUUCAGGGAAAACUGGCUGUAAUAGAGCAGGAGAAAGAUAAGUUGGAGAAAGAUAAAUUUGAAACUGAAACAAAGCUGUCCAUGUCUUUGGAGGAACUCAGUGAGCUAAAAGUGCAGCUUGAAAGAUCUAAAGAAGAGAUCAGUCAAUCAGAGGAUCAGCUUCUUCAGAAUGAAAAGGAACUACUAAAGCUCAAAAACUGUCUAAAGCAGAAUGAGGUGUCUCAUUGUGAACAGAUAAAAGAAGUUAAUGAAAAAUAUCAGCUACUUGAACAGGAGAAAGAAAGAGUAGAGGCAGAACGUAGCAGGAUAGAACAAAAUUCAACCAAAGAGUUGUCUGAAAUGAAGGAAAAAUUGAAUCAAAUGGAACAAGAUCUGCAGCAGAAACAAGAUGUGCUUUCCUCUGUCAGGCAAGAAAAGGAUCUGUCUGAUUCUUUGCGGCAGAAGCUCGAAGCCUUCCGGGAAGAAAUGACUAAGGAGAAGCUUCUGCUGGAGGAGGAACUGGAGGCUGCACUAGAUGAGCUUGAACAAUUGCAGCUGAAGGAGGUGGAGGCUGAGGAACUGGCCAGACGUUUGGAGGAUGAGAACGAACUGCGAGCGAGAGAGCUUGCUAGGCUGCAGGAAGAGCUUGCUGAGAAAAAUGCUGAACUGAAGAAGAUUAAUGAAAAUCACAGCAAAAUUGUCAGUCAGUUGCGUGAGGAGCAGAGUAAAUCGCUAAGAAAGCUAGGAGAUACUGAAGCAGAAUUUGAAUGCUAUAAAUUAUCUGUUACAAAGGAGCUGGGGUGCCUCCAAGACAGCAACUCUACACUGACCAAGCAAGUUGCACAGUUACUCAAUGAAGCCAAGGACAUGCAGCAGCAGUUAACAGAUGUUCAGCUUUCUAAAGAAAAAGCAAAAGAAGAGUACGCAAGAAUGCUACUAGAAGUACAAACAAAGCUAGCUCAAAAGGAUGCUGAAGUUAGAAAGUUGGAUGAAGCUUGUAACCUGAGAGUAAUUGAACUUCAAACACAAUUGGACCAAAGCAAGGCAUGCCAGGAGGUGGAGAAACAGAGCACUGAUACUGUGGGUGAGGGUGUGGUAGCAGAACUAAAAGCUGAAAUACAAAAAUGGCAAGUGCUUUAUGAAGAAUUGCAUAACAAGGUCAAACCUUUCCAGGAGCAGCUUGACUCAUUUGAAAGGGAAAAGAAUUCCCUCCUCAAUGAACAUGGAGCUACACAGGAAGAGCUGAAUAAGUUGAAUGAAGCUUAUGCCAAAUUGCUUGGUCACCAAAAUCAGAAACAGAAGAUUAAACAUGUAAUGAAGCUGAAGCAGGAAAAUGUGGAGCUGAAACAGGAGCUGGCAAAACUUCGAGCCCAGCUGUCCAAGGACAAGCUAACUGAGCAAAAGUGUCAAGAGCAACGUUGCAAGCCACAAGGUGUCAAACGAUUUGAUCCUGCCAAAGCUUUCAAACAUUCGGUGAAGGAGAAUAUUGCUCCUACAACACCACUGAGAGAAGGGAGCACAAAUAUACUUUAAGCCAUGCAGUUCUGAUUCCAAGUCUCCAUACAUUUUUAGUGUGAUGAGAUUCUGGUAAUGUUACCCUGGAUCAAAUAGCUUAUAUUCAACAAGAAUGGGUUAAAGAGAUUACUCACAUCAUAACUCAAAGUAGAUCAUUGUAAACCAUUGAAACUGUCUUGUUUCAGUGAUUUUUUU